GAAAUCAAGUACAGUAUUGUAAAUAAUCAAAUGUAUUACUCCUUUUAUCAAUCAUAUUCUUACAUUUGGAUAAAUAUUCCAUUAAUAAAAGUAACUAUUUCACAGACAUAAUAUAACUAUGAAAUUAAAUAUUUCACAAAGAUGCAUAAAAAUUCAUUUUCCCAUUGACCGUUUUUAUUUCAAUAAAAUGUUUUUUAAGUCAAGCUAUAUAUGUUGUUAUUGUUUUUUGUUUCGAUUUAUUUAAAACCUGAGAGAUUCAAGACAAUUUUUAUUUGAAUUUUAGAAAAAUGGCGCACAAGCGCGCGAGCAUAAGCCACGAGUCUGGGCCGAGUAAACGUGUUAAUACUGCUCCGGGGGGUAACGGAGACUCUGAGUCCAGUAGAUCCUCCGUCAAGUUUAUCAAUUUUACCAAGUCUGGGGGUAAAGAGUCAUACCAUCAAACCGACUCAAGAGAAAAGAUUCCAGAUAUAAACCUACGGGAACACAUUGAUCUCAGGGAUCUAGAAGCAAAGCAAAGGUUUCUCCGACAGUUGAAGUAUGCAGUUGAGAAGAAAUCAGGUUUUCCGGGUAUAAAGAAUGAUACAGACUUGCUGAGCCAAUCAGCUCAGAUCUGUAAAGUGAAUCCUGCAUUUGAACACACUGAGCUGAGUAGGAUAGAUGAACAGGAUUAUCCUACCUUUCUCAAGGAUAGAAAACUAUCCUCUAGGUCUGGAUAUAUUUGCGAGAUCAGGAUACAGGAAAUAUUCUUCGGGUUGGGUUUCUCGGUGAGUAAACCUGGAGCUAGAGACAGAGCAAGUGAGAACGUGAUGAGAACACUAAGAUCCAAGGAGAUCUGUGUUGUGCCUAUGCAGAGAAGAUGGCGGGAUAAAAACUAUCCUGAAUUAGUUCUUGCAACUUCAAUUGAUGCUAAAAUUGAUAUUCCGCCGUUUUACCAACCUCCGCCCGGAACAGAGGCGCAUACGAGGAUGAAGAACUUUGGUCAGAAGAAACUUGAAUCUAAGAGGAGUAUGCUCCAAGAGAAGAAAACAAAUCCUGCUCUAGGUUUCCAAAAUGUUGCUCACAUGGGUCCUCCCUGCUCUGGCAAGCCUCUGGAAAACUUUGUGAUCCUGCUGAACGAUGAGAACGCUGUAUGUGUGAUGAACUCCUCAGCGCAGUUCUGCAAGAUGUCCGUGGACUACUUCUUCGAGAAGCCGAGUGGAACAUCCAAUGAUUUUAUUGUAACCUUGUUUAUCGAGGGUCAGCCUGUGGCUGACGCGAAGGCUCCAAAGAAGAUGUUGAAGCAGAUAGUUACCGAGAGAGCGCUGCAAUGUUUGGAUAUGUUCUGUCAUAUUGUUGUUACGAACAAGGAGCUGAUACAGAACUGUACAACAGUUUCUAGGAGUGAUAUUAAAGGGAAUCAGGCGAGCACUAGUGCCGCCAGGGAGGAUGGUAGUAUCGGAGGUAUUGGAGCAAGGAUGAUGAAAAUGAUGGGAUGGACAGAGGGAGGUGGAAUUGGAGAUAGAUUCAAGAUGAAACGUGAGAUUAUAAAAGUGGACAACGAGAGCAUGAACAGGGAAGGGUUCGGGAGCAAGGCUAUCGACAGCGACAAUAUUACCAGGGAGGAGGCGGAGGAGAUUGUUAAACAAUACGCAAACUCGGACAGGAUUGACGACCUUGUGUUCGCGAGUGAACUGAAUUUUGACGAGAGAAAGGAGGUUCGGUAUAUGGCGAAAAGGUUUAAUCUUUUGGAGAAAAUGAUCGCUGUUCCCAAUGGACGGGGCAAGAGAGUGUUCAUGGUUUUAUCUAAGAAGAUUGACUCUGACUUGAUUAUAGAACAGCUGGAGCGUGAGGGUCAGUUCGGAAAGUAUCAGCUGAUUAAACCUGCUGGGGGUGAUGCGCGAGUAGUGUCAAGAUUCCUAAAUUUCCAACAUCUCCGGAAAACUCAAGGUUUUCCAGUGGAGCUCCAGGUCUCAAACACAGGAAGGAGAAACCAGGUGAACUGGAGGGAUAAUGAGAAAUCCUCUGAUGACUACAGGCAGAGUACAACCUUUGACAAGUACGGAAAUGUGGAUACCUGUGAUGAAUCUGUCAGGUUCAAGAUUGAGAAUGCGACCCAGUGUAUAAAUCCUGGUACGGGUUGGAGCAACAGUAUGAGUAAUAUGGAAGGUGGUUGGAACUCCGGGAGCAGGAAUUACAGUAGGUUACCAGGACUCAUGGAUAAUCCAGUUUUUGUCGGAGGAAUGAAUAAUCAGAACAGAGGAGGAGGAUCCAGUGCUGGAACUAACAACUCAGGACUUGGAAGAGGAAUGAAUAAUUCAGGAUUCGGGAGAGGGACGCACAACCAAGGAUUUAGAUCGGGAAAUAAUACUGCGGACAUGGGAGGUGGAAUAAACGAUUAUGAAUUCAGGGGAGGAAUGAACAAUUCAAUGAUGGGAUCAGGAAUGAACAAUUCAAUGAUUGGACCAGGAAUGAACGAUCCAAUGAUGGGAUCAGGAAUGAACAAUCCAAUGAUGCGAUCAGGAAUGGACAAUCCAAUGAUGGGUUCAGGAAUGAACAAUCCAAUGAUGCGAUCAGGAAUGGACAAUCCAAUGAUGGGUUCAGGAAUGAACAAUCCCAUGAUGGAAUCAGGAAUGAACAAUCCCAUGAUGGGAUCAGGAAUGAAUAAUCCCUUGAGGGGAUCAGGAAUGAAUAAUCCCAUGAGGGGAUCAGGAAUGAAUAAUCCCAUGAGGGGAUCAGGAAUGAAUAAUCCCAUGAUGGGAUCAGAAAUGAACAAUCCCAUGAGGGGAUCAGGAAUGAAUAAUCCCAUGAAGGGAUUUGGAAUGAAUAACGCUGGUAUGGGCUCCGAGUUUGGAGCAGGCCCUAGAGGAAGAGGAAUGAGCAAUCGUGGAUUUGGACGGGGCAUAAAUCAACCAACUUUUGGAAACCACGGAUUUGGAAUGAACUAUGGUCGAAGAUAAUAUAUAUAGUAGAUAUGUAACAGCUUUUGAUUUUAACAUCUUCCUGUUCUGUUAUAUUUAAACAAUUGUGGAGAGGUUUUAGGAUUGUAAAUGUUUUCAAAAUUCUCUUUAAGUCACAAACUAAGUUCACAAAACAAAACUUAACUGGAGUUUCAGAAAUUGAUUUCUGAGUUUCAUUAAAAAUGUAUGCACAAGUCAAAAACUAAACAAGUUUUUGCGUUUAUUUACAAUCCUAAACUUAAUGUUUAACUUAAAUUAAAUGUAAACUUUUACGUAUUUUUGAACUGAUAAACAUGUUAAAAUAUUAAACCAAGAAUUUUACAAGAAAACAUGUAAAUUAUAAAGUGAAAUCAUAAAUUUAAUAAUGAUAAAUAAACUCCUAGUUCAAUGAGAAUUAAA